ACGAAGAGGAACACCAGAAGUAAUUUAUUUUUAUCUUUUACAUCAGAAAUGAACAUGCAUCAUCUAAACUAUUACUAUUCCUGACUUAGUUGUAGAGAACUUUAAACUCCAACAAGACCAAAGAGCUGUGCACAACAAAGCAAUAUAUGCAACAAUGUAUUCUGGUAAAUUUUAACAGUUUUGAACACAUAUUCUAAUAAUUAAAACUUUAGAAACAUUACAUGUACAAACACCCAACCCUUUUCUGUCUUUGGAGAAGAUCGGAGGAAGCUAAGCAUUUAGCUUUGAGCUCAUUAUCUUGCAAGCUAAAUCUUAUUUGCUAGCUAAAUAAUUAGUCAACUUAAUAUUUAGUGUAGUUGCUAACAAAGUAUGUUAAUGGCAUGCAUAAAUGCUUAACUAGUUUUCAAAAUCUGUCAUUAUUUUUGCCUUUAUUGAUUGUUUUAGGAAACGUUUGUGUGUGUGAUCAGUUUCUCUCAGCAUUCCCGGAUGUUACUGUCGUUGCGUCAGGAUUUUUCAUUAUGACACGUUCACUGACAUGAUGAGCUGCUUUAGAGGAACGAGCCUUUCAUUCUGAAUUAGUUCUGAAUCACUUUUGCAGGUUUGCUAGAUUUCCAGUGUGUAGUAAUUGUUUUAAGAAAUGCUCCAUUGGUUGUACAAAUGUGUAGAAUGAACCAAGAACCGAGAGAAACCAAAAAUCCUUAAAGUCUGAAGAACCUCUUCACUUUAACAUGCAGAUUAUUGUAGUUUAAAGACUGAAAAAAUCAGCUAAAAAUCUAAUAUUUUUGGUGAAUAUUAGAUACAAAUUUAACUCUAAAUAAGAGAAGAAAGGGGAAACCAUCUUAAUUUUACAGGUUUUAAAUAAAAGGUUUUUCAAAUAAGUGUGAGAAAAUGUGAGGAUGAAUGCGUGUGUGAGUGUGUAUGUGUGUGUGUUGUGCACAACUGUUAAUCUGUUUCAGGGAGCGGACCAACGCUCCUCCUAACGCGCAGUCCUCCGGCUUGAAUUAUCGGACAGUUUCGGCUCUUCUGGACUAAAUCGAUUCAAACCACCUGAAACAGACGGAGGAGACAAACAUUGUGGGGGAGGAAACACGCCGCAGUUCUUGACUUUAUUGAUCCAAACACGGAGCUCGCGCUGAUCGGUGGUAAAAUCACGCGGCGACAGAAUGACGAAGCUGCGUUUUCUCAUCAGACUUUUUCUCUACGCCGUAUUUUCACUACCAAACGCAAUGCAGGCUCCAACAGUUCUCCCACCGGAGUGUUUGCCUGGCGGCCACAUGGUCCUCCAGAACCCCCACCGCAGCACCACCUUCAGCUCCAGCAGCCUGCAGCAGUCGGCACCGCAGGACAUCAUCUGCGACCACUCACUCACUCCAGGCUGGUACCAGUUUCAGAUUUUUGACAAGCGUGCCAGAAUGCCCACACAGUGUGUGGAGGUAAACCACUGUGGGACCCAGGCUCCGGUGUGGUUGUCUCUGGGAGACGGUGAGACGCUCCCGGGGUCGCUGGAGGUCAAGCAGCUGACAGCCUGCGCUGCCUGGAAGAUCUUUCAGAGCGGAAGCAAAGACUGCUGCAUGUUCCGCGUCCCAGUCACCGUCCGGAGCUGUGGAGAUUUCUAUGUGUACCUGCUGCAGCCCACGCCGGGAUGCAUGGGCUACUGUGCACAAGAGCUGACAGAAGGUUUAGCCACACUGCCUUCUUUCCUCUGUGGUCCUGAUGAGGUGAACGCCGGCGGAUUAUGUAAAACUGAACCACCUCCUGCUCCCUCUGUGCCUGUGAUUGUCUCAGAGGUGAAAGGUCACACCGUGUACCUGAGGUGCAGCUUUGACAGCAGCUCCAGCAGCUCUGUGGGCUUUGUGGUGGCCUGGUCACGUCUCUCACCUGAGGGCAGGAAGGAGGAGCUCAGGAAGGAGACCACCAUCCACGCCUCCGCCCUCAUUGAGCUGGACGGCUUCAACCUCCGACUGGGGGAUAGGAUUUACUGCUCCAGCUCCAGUUUCUUGUUGGAAUCACCAGAUAUUCAAAGCACUCCUGUGGAAAGUCAGGAGUUUUUUGCAGGAAUAAAGUUAAAACCAGAAGUUAGCCGAGUGUCUGAGAACGGGAGGUGGCAUCGGCUUCUGGUUGAGAGCUCGGUUCCAGUUCCAUGUCCGGACGGUUCUUUCUCUUCUGCAGAAAAGUGUGUUUUAUCUCUGCAUCUCAGCACAAGCAGUGAAGAUGAGGAUUUGUUGGGUGCAGAUUUGUCUCUGUCAUCUUGUAAAGUGGAUUUAUCCCGGGGUCGCUGCAGUGGUGGGGUCUGUGGCCGGGUUCUGGUCCACUUCAGUCCCAACACGGACUUUAUCAAAGACGGUGAACGGACCAGUCACAUCUCUGUGAAACCCGUCGUCACACAGAACUUUCUCUGGAAUGGAUACUCUCCAGAACCUGUUCAGGUAACCAUUACUGAUGUUCCCCCGGCUUAUUGCUACUCCUUCACAGACCCCCACAUGAUCACGUUUGAUGGCAGGUACUAUGAGAAUUAUCAAAUAGGCACCUUUGUUUUCUACAAGAGUGACCUUUGGCCCUUUGAGGUCCAUGUCCGUCAGUGGGAAUGUGGCAGCCUGGUGCACGCCGCCUCCUGCGUGUGUGGAUUUGCAGUGUGGGACGCCGGCGACGUUAUCGCGUUCGACAUGUGUGACGGCGAGAUGGGCGAGACGAAGCCCCGUCUGUCUGUGAAGAGCAGAAAUGAUAAACAAGAAAAGAGCGGCUUUCGGAUCAGUGAGUCCUACCAAGGACGCAAAGUCACUAUCACGUUUUCCUCUGGAGCAUUUGUUCGUGCAGAUGUCUCAAAUUGGGGAAUGAGUCUGACUCUGAGGGCUCCCAGUUCAGACCAGAAUCACACAUUGGGUCUGUGUGGGACAUACGAUGGACGGCCGGACAAUGACUUCCACUCAGCAGGGGGCGCUGUGCUGGAGCAGUUGCAGGAUUUCAUAUCCGAGUGGAGACUCCCUGCAGGCAGCAGCUUGUUUGACUGCAUGCCAGCCGAUGUGAACACAUCAAACAUCCACACAUACUGCAACUGUCAAGCAGAUCACCUGAAACCAUUUCUCAGAUCUGAAUCCAGCUGCUCCAAUCACAGACUUUUUAAUUUUCUGAGUUUUAUCCCUGCUUUGGAUGUCACCGCUAAAUAUAUCAGUUCAGUGGAGCUACAGAAGGAAAAUAAAAAACCACAGCUCACUUCAGGUCACAGUGAAAGUUCCCCACAUCCGGACAGCCUCUCAUACUUUUUCCCAGAGGAUCAUGAAUUCUCUGUUCAGCCAGACGGACUCCCAAGAUGGCCGACUCCUGCUGGUCUAACUCGGCAGCAGGCUCAGGCUCAGUGUCAGCGCACAGUGGGAAACUCGAGUGUCGCUGUCGGCUGCCGGCUCCUGUUAGCAGGUUCAAUAAUCAGCCGAGCGGUGGCCAUGUGCGUCGCCGACCUGCAGCUGAAAGACGAGCCGUCGUGGCUGAACGCCACCUUGCCGCUGCUGGAGAACGAGUGCGAGCGAAAGCUGGUGGAAGAGCAGAGGAGGUGGAAGGAGCACCGGGACGCCGCGUCCGUCCUGAGGUGUCCGGACCUGUGCAAUGGGAAUGGCCAGUGCUCCGAGUCCGGCUGCGUCUGCUUCCCUGGGUUCGGUUCACAUGACUGCAGCCAGCUGACGGACCAGAUUCCAGAGAUCACCAAGUUGAGGAAUGAAGGUCUGUGCAACGUCCGUCAGGAAGACUGUUCCACCAUCCAGGUCUAUGGUCACGAUUUCAGGGAUUCCAGCCAGCUCAAGUGUGAGUUUGUUAAAGAAAAGAUUGAAGUCGGGGAGUCGGUCACGGUUGCUCCUUGGUUUGUUCAGGCCGCUUUUCUGAAUGAAACAGGUCUUGAGUGCCGGCUCCCAUUGGAGGACAACCAGGGUCCUGCAGACACGGUGACAAACCAAGCUGUUACGCGCUGGCAGAUCAAAGUUUCAAACGACGGCUACAGCUACAGCAACGCCAAGAUCCUGACUCUGUAUGACGGAGGCUGUCAGAUCUGCAGCCUCGACACAGAAAUCAUGUGCACCCUCAGGGAGAAGACCUGCAUCAUUGGGGAUUUGUGCUACAAUGAAGGGGAGUCCAGUCCCAGCAGUCCUUGCUUCACUUGCCGUCCAGACCUCUCCAAACACUCUUGGUCCAAAGCUGAGAAAAACAAGCCUCCGUUGUUCCAGCCACCACAGAUUCCUCUCCACUCCUUCCAGGAGGAAAGUUUCAUCUACCAGCUACAGGCUCAGGACCCUGAAGGCUCCACGGUUCUUUUCAGCCUGGUAUCGGGUCCAAAAGGGGCUUCGCUCACUUCAGCUGGACUGCUGAUGUGGAAGGCGACCUCUGAACCCACGGACACCCACACGUUCCAGUUUACUGUCACUGAUGCCUGCAGUGCGGAGACGCUCACCUCUGUCCAGGUUUCUGUGCAGUCCUGUGAUUGUCUCAACGCAGCGUCCUGCAUCACCGACGUGAACUACCCCGUCGGAAGCGGCGAAUAUGUCUGCGUCUGUCCUGACGGGUUCACGGGUCGGCGGUGUGAGUUGGACGUAGACGACUGCAAGCCGAACCCCUGCAGGCUGGGCCGCUGCGUGGACCGACCCAACUCCUUUUCCUGCAUCUGCCCUCCUGGAAUGACGGGACGAACAUGCAGGGAAGAUGUAGACGAGUGUCUGUCCCAGCCGUGCUUCCCUGCAGUGAGCUGCACCAACACUCUGGGCUCCUUCAACUGUGGAUCCUGUCCACCAGGAUUCACAGGUGAUGGGAAAAUGUGUCGAGAGGAAAACAUCGCAGGUUCUCCAGUGAGUGCGCCGCAGGUUUCUCAGAGACCCAAACCGUCGGGUCCUUCGCCGUGCAGCAGGACGCCGUGUUACACGGGGGUUCUGUGCUUCGAGAGCGUCCAUGUUUCAGCCGGGUUCGCCUGUGGACCCUGUCCUCCUGGUCUCCAAGGAAACGGACAAAUGUGCACAAAAAUGGGUCAGGAAACACUCACCAGUGGAAGACAUGUUGGGACUCCUGUGUCUAAUUCCACCGGUGAAAGGACCCACUCCUCCUCUUCCUCCUCUUCAUCUUCCUCUUCUUCUCCUGCCUCAAACAACCAACCACCAGACAGGAAGUGGAGACCAGACACUAGGAGAGUUUCCUUCAAGGACAAACAGCGCACCGGUUCUCCUCAGAACAAAACAGCAGCUCGAAUAUUUUCUCCCUCCGUCCACAGGGGGCAGCAUAGCACAGUAGCGCUGUCCUCGGAUAUUGGUCAUGUGACCUGCUCCGAUUCUCCCUGCUUUCCCGGUGUUACCUGUGAACCGACGCGCUCAGGAUCCCUCAGGUGUGGACGCUGCCCGCUCGGCUACACCGGGGAUGGACUCGUAUGUAAAGCUGUUUGCAGAUAUCCGUGUGGGCAGAACAUGGAGUGCUCUCUGCCCAACACCUGCACCUGCAGAAAAGGUUACACCGGAUACAACUGUCACACAGCCGUGUGUCGGCCUGACUGCCAGAACCAGGGCAGGUGUGUGAAACCCGAUGUGUGUGAAUGUCCUGUGGGCUACAGCGGGUCAUCCUGUGAGGAAGCGAGCUGCAAGCCGCCGUGUCAACAUGGAGGCACUUGUCUGGCCAGAAACCUUUGUACCUGCGCCUACGGCUACGUGGGGCCCAGAUGUGAAAUCAUGGUGUGUAGCAGGCACUGUGAAAACGGAGGCGAGUGUGUUUCUCCAGACGUCUGCAGAUGUAAAGACGGCUGGUACGGACCAACAUGCGGCUCAGCUCAGUGUAACCCCGUCUGCCUGAAUGGAGGAUUGUGUGUGAGGCCAAAUGUCUGCGCCUGUCCUACUGGCUUCUUUGGCUCUCAGUGCCAAAUUGCUGUUUGCAGUCCGCCCUGUAAAAACGGGGGUCAGUGUAUCAGAAACAACGUCUGCUCCUGCCCAGAGGGCUACACAGGAAAAAGAUGCCAAAAAAGUGUCUGUGAGCCGACAUGCAUGAACGGAGGAAAGUGUGUCGGACCGAACACGUGCUCUUGUUCUUCAGGCUGGAGCGGGAAAAGAUGCAACAUGCCCGUUUGUUUACAGAAGUGUAAAAAUGGCGGCGAGUGCGUGGGAGCGAACACGUGUCACUGUCCUGCCGGCUGGGAAGGGCUGCACUGUCAAACACCCUCCUGCAGGCGGCCGUGCCUCAACGGCGGGCGGUGCGUCCUGCCCGACUACUGCCACUGCCGGAGAGGCUUCAAAGGCCUCACCUGCGCCGUGAAGGCUUCACAUGCAUGAGGAGAUGAAGAGAAUUACUGCAAAAAGCAUAAAACAACCGGAUGUGUGUUUGAAUGUAUGAUGGAGAACAAAAUGUGCUCAUUUGUGGACAUUUCAGCUGAGGGUGAUGAUUUAUUGCACUUGUGUUUUUGUCCCUGCAUUUCACUACCUCAAGGCUAAAAGAAAAAUUUGUUGAAUUCAUUUAAAGUACUUUAAAACUCUGUAAGCAGUG